AUGGUUGCCCAGGUCUGUGUUAUGGAAAUGGAAGAUGCACCCUUGAUCAGAAUGGAUGGCAUUGUGUCUGCCAGGUGGGCUGGAGCGGAAUGGGAUGCAAUGUUGUCAUGGAAAUGAUGUGUGGAGACAGCAUCGAUAAUGAUGGAGGUACGGGCAUGCUUUAUGACCCCCAAGUAUUGUACAGUUAGAUCCUAUGUAUUGCCUUUUUGAGGGAUAAAGGUGGCGCUGUGGGUUAAACACAGAGCUUAGGACCUGCCGAUCAGAAGGUCGGAUGUUUGAAUCCCUGCGACGGGGUGAGCUCCCGUUGCUGGGUCCCUGCUCCUGCCAACCUAGCAGUUCAAAAGCAUGUCAAAGUGCAAGUAGAUAAAUAGGUACCGCUCCGGUGGGAAGGUAAACGGCGUUUCCGUGUGCUGCUCUGGUUCGCCAGAAGCGGCUUAGUCAUGCUGGCCACAUGACCCGGAAGCUGUACGCCGGCUCCCUCGGCCAAUAAAGCAAGAUGAGCGCUGCAACCCCAGAGUCGGCCACGACUGGACCUAAUGGUCAGGGGUCCCUUUACCUUUACCUUUUAUUGCCUUUUUGGUGUCUUACUUCCCACCCCGCCGAGGGCCAUCUGUUAUCAAAAGUAACUUACCCUUUAAGUUUUUAGUACUGAUCCUGUUUUGACUAGCAAGCUUGUUGCUUGCUCGUUUUUAAACUAAUUUCACUCUUUUAAUUUUCUGUUAUUUGUGAGCCUAUUUGGGGCUAAAAGCAAGUAUAUCACAUGAAUAUUUAAACUGGCAAAUAAACAAAGUGAAGGACCACACUGCAGAGUGCACAAUUCAGACAUGAUUCUCUGAAGUGGGAUAAUAAUGUGUCCUCUCAACCAUUUCGUCCCACCUCCAAACUCUUCAUCUUCAAAUAUGCACAUAACAUUAAAGGCACCUCUCUCAAUCUGAAACAGUGCAACAGAUGCACAGCUGUGGAGUGCUGAUUUGAGCUUGUGGCGUACAUCUGUGCCAUGCUGGCAGGACUUAAUGAUAGCAGCCGUGUUCAACUGAUGCCCGCCGUGGCAAAAAUUUCUGAGUUUUCUGAGAAAUUGCCACAUUUUACUACUUCUUUCAGUUUAUUCCUGUUUGCCUCUCCCACUUUGCUCCUUUGGCACAGCAGCCACAAGUUUCCUGACUGGGGGUGGCCUAAAAUAUCUGGAGGGCACCAGGCUGGCAAAGGAUGAUCUAAGAUGAUAUUUCAGAUUUGCUGAAAAGGUUCACACACACACACACACACACACACACACACAUGCUUUUGUAUGUCCAGCUAUUGUUCAAAAAGCAGCAGGGAUGGUUCCAUAUAAACUGCCUGGAAAGCCUAUGCUGAAAUCUUUGAGUAUGACAUUCUCACAUUAGAGUCUCAGUCUCCAGAAUAAUGGCACUACCUAAAACCAGAACCAACAAGACUGCAGAUUGCAAGUAGUUUGGGUGAGGAUCACAUCACUUCUAAGCUUUCUGUAGAGCAUAGAGCAUGCUGUGGCUCUACAGAGAUGGGUCCAAGCCUCCAAGCAGAUAUUCACUCUGAUUACCAGACAUUCUUACUUAGUCUGUGCAGCUGGUAUUGAGUAAAAGCGGAAGCGUUCCAAAUUUGAUCCAGACCCCAAUCUUGCAAUCCUACAAUCCACAAUUACAGCCCUCCUUUGACCCCAAUCCUGCUAAGUCCCCCCCCCCCACUUUAAAAAGAGCAACAGACAAUGGUAGUUUUUAUUAGUGUUUUUGCAUACAAAAUAAGAUCUCCAAAACCAAGGCAUCAAAAAACAAUCCCAGCAGCAGAAGUUGAAACAAUUUUAAUGUUGUUAUGUAUUGCUUUUAUAUCCUGCCUUUCCUUCUGGAGGAGCCCUGAAUGGCAAACAUAUCUGUACUGUAAAAUAUUAUAGGAAGCAUCCUAAAAACAGUGUCUGUUAAUGUCAGUGGAUUAGACUAACAAAGGGUACAAUCCUAGCAAGUAUGUAGCUUGUGGACACAUCUAUGCUGUUAGAGGCCAAAGUGCCCUCUGUGACUUCAUUUUGUACACCAGCUGUAGCCAUAUCUGGAUCAGGAGGAUCUGACUACUAGAGUCCAAGCAUUGGUAACCUUGAGAAUAGAUUAUUGCAAUGUGAGGCAGCCCUUGGCCCUGAAACUCCAGCUGGUGCAGAUGAUGUGACACCGCUGCUAAAACAUCUCCAUUGGCUUCUGCUACCAGGCCAGGUUGAACACUCUUAUGUUAACAUACAAAGCCCUGAACCACUUGGAUCUUUUACAGACUGCCUGAGCCCUUAUAUCCUAGCUGAGAUAAUCCAGAGGAGCAAUUUUAUUUGCCCUUCAUGCCACAGAGGCCCAACUUCCCUCAACCAAAAGUUAGGCAUUUAGUGUUGCCCAUCUCCAUGCUAGGGAACAUUCUUUAAGCAGAGAUACAUCAGACAUCUUCACUUUUGACUUUUAAGUGUCUCUUCAAGAUUUCUUUAUGCCAACAGGCCCACACAGCAGUUUUGAAUAACCAUUUUAAAACAAUUGUUUUGAAAGGUUUUUUAAUGUUGUUUUGUAUUUUAUUGUUUUAUCAUAUGUUGCUGUAAACUGUCCUGAUAUUUUAUAAGAUGGCAGCAGGGCUUUUUUUCAGCUGUAACUCAGUUCCAGCACCUCUCAGGUGGGUGCAUUGCCAUUAUAAGAGAACAAGGGAGUUCAUGGUGAGUUCAGGCACCUCUUUUAUUGGAAAAAUAGCACUGUGUUGUAUAUUAGUUGUUUAUUGUGUAUACAAUACAAGACGCUGUUGGCGCUGUGGUCUAAACCACUGAGCCACUUGGGCUUGCCAGUCGGAAGAUUGGCGGUUCGAAUCCAUACAACGGGGUGAGCUCCCAUUGCUCUGUCCCAGCUUCUGCCAACUAAGUGGUUUGAAAGCAUACCAGUGCAAGUAGAUUAAUAGGUACUGCUGUGGUGGGAAGGUAAACGGCAUUUCUGUGUGCUCUGACACUCGUCACAGUGUCCCAUUACGCCAGAAGCGGUUUAGUCAUGCUGGCCACAUGACCCAGAAGCUGUCUGUGGACAAGCGCCGGCUCCCUUGGCCUGAAAAGCAAGAUGAGCACUGCACCCGAUAGUCGCCUUUGACUGGACUUAACCGUCCAGGGGUCCUUUACCUUACCUUUACCUUUACAACACAGAGCAAAAAAUAUAUAGGAACUUGCUGUCAUUCCAUCCCAAAUACUCUAGCCAAACUUGAACCUAGCUUUCCUACUUUUAUUUUCCUUCCUUCCUUCCUUCUCCAUUGUUUUUUCCUUACUGAUGUAGAUAAAACUAACUCAGCUUAUCAUUCUUUCACAUAUAGAUUAUUGCACAGUAUUAUUUUCUGAUCUUCCUAUCUCACAUUGUAAGCUGCUUAUCUCUGUCCUUAAUUCUUCUGCUUACUGAUCUUGCACAGCAGUCCAACAUGUAUCUCCUUUUUUCUUCUCUCUUCCUCAUUUCAUAUUGAAUAGGAGGUGCCACACCUUGCUUUCCUUACCUUGCUACUCUGCUUUCAAUUUAUUUACCUUCUUGCAUUGUGUGACCAGGUGGCGACAGCCCCAGCCCCCAGGGAUGUGGAAUUAAAAUUAGGCCAAACUUUAUUAAACUUCCGAAUGUAGAAAGACCUUGGCUUAGGCCUUGGGCAUGUAUACUUCCCAACCCCCCAGCCGGGAGGAACUGGGGCUCAUCAGCGUAAAUGGGAUAUGGGAGUGCUCUGUGAGACAUAAGUAUAGCAGGCAGCCAAGCCCAUAUCCCUGCACGCAGGGUAGUUCACUGACGACCUUUCAGUGUAUGGCCAAUGACAACCAUAUAUAUAUAUAUAACCCCUUUAAGAGGGGGACCCUGGAAUCACUGCUGCAGCAGGGUGAGUCACCACUCCCCCCCCCCCAUAUAGGGAAGAAAAGACUAAAGGAUUCCACCCAAGGCCAAAACCGCCAAAGUUGUGACGAAUUGCUACGUGGAAGAGAAAACCUGCCAAUGCAGGAAAAUUUCUUCCCGGUCCUUCAACAGCAACUGUCAAAGGCCGUAGCAGCGCCCUCUAAACAGGAAGAAAAAGUUAAUCUGCAAACAAGAAGCAUUAAACAAAGGGAGGGUAAGGAGGGUGAAUCUCCAGAGCUGACUGCCCGGCUAUUGUUGGCUCCACCCCCUAUUUAUAAAUGGGGCUGGCCCCACCUCCCAGCAAGAAACUUGAUUACUGAGGCUGGGUGUGAACCUCCAAAAAUUAACACUGAGAGGCAAGCCAGCCCCUGUUUGCCAGUAAGCUCCCUGGGAACCGUAGCACCACGUGCGAUCCCUCAAAGGGCACCCACAGUGUAAAGUGUGAGUGCUCAUUCUCCAUUCUUCUGUUGGCUAUUGCACCACCAACUUCGUUCUAAACUCUCCCCUCAGCUGGCCUCCGCCUGCCUAGCUCUUUACUUACCACCAGUCCAGGGGCUGUUAUCUCUAACUAUGGGCCACCUAGCCUUUUAUCACCCCCCAUUGGAGAUCCACCCUUCCCCUUCUUGCACAGGUACUUCAUUGCGUGGAGAAAAAGUAGGGCAUAGAUGUAUGGAUGGUAAGCAAGGAAUGCUGAAAUUGUCGUGCACACACACACAUAUAAUAUCCAUGGUGUUUCUAUUGUUAAGUCUCUUUGAGAUGUUUCCUAGGAAGAGAUCGUAAAUGCAGGUAAAUAAAUAAAUAAUGCAUUCUUCCCAGCCGUUGAUCCUUUGGCUGCUGUAUUGCAACAUUUUUUCCUGUAUUAUCCAUUUCAGAUGGUUUGACAGACUGUAUAGACCCUGACUGCUGCCAGCAAAGCAAUUGCUAUUCAAGCCCGCUCUGUCAAGGGUCCCCUGAUCCCCUUGACCUCAUUCAGCAGAGCCAGCCUCCUUUCUCUCAGCAUCCUCCAAGGCUCUUUUAUGAUAGAAUCAAGUUUCUUAUUGGCAAGGAAAGCACUCAUGUAAUCCGAGGAGAUGUCUCAUUUGAGAGCAGGUAAGUGUUUUGUGUGUUUUCUUUACUACUGAAAGCUGCUUUCCAAAUUGAAGGUACUCAACCACUACACGGGUAGGAAUGGUUGGUGUGUGUGUGUGUGGAAUUAAAUGAUCCUUUAUAACCUCUUUGGGGAAUAUUGCCUGGUCUUCUCCACGCUUAAAAUAAGGCCAUAAAAAGAUAUUUUAGAUUUGCUGCAUAGGUCUUUUACACAUAUAUAUUGUUUUCAGUUUUCAGUCAUGAAAUAGCGUUGACAUGCAAAAAUGUCCAAUAACUUAAUAAAAAAUAGUUUACAUUUGUUUACAUUUAAAACAACAGGAAGAAUGCUGCAGUCCUUUUAAAGCUUUUUUGGGAAGCUCUGACCAAGAAGGAUACUUCCUUUUGAAAGAUAAAUGGCCCCAUGUAGAAUCAUCUCAGGAGCUCAUGGUCACAUUCUGUGAUAUUUAUGUAUUUUUGGUUGAAUUCUGAUGCUAUUUUAUGUUGUUUUGAUUGAUGUAUAUCUUGUACUUUUAUUGUAUGUUUCUUUUGAGUUCAUAUGUGUUAAUCUUGUUCACUGCUUUGGGGACCUUUGGGCUAAAAAGUUGUAUAUAAAUGAAACUUACCAUGCCAUAAGGACUCCCCACAUGUGGUAAAUGAGCACACCACAGACAGGAUGAUGUAUGCUGAUGCACUAGUUUGCUACACGCAGGAAAGGCUGUGUGACUUUGGAGUGUUUUCAGGCAUAGGACCAUAAUUUAUAGAAGAGCCAUAGCAGCUUAGUGGUAGAACAACAUCUCAGUCUCCAGCAUCUCCAGAUAGGAAGGUCUUGCCUGAAACCCUGAAGAGCCUCUGGCAAUCAAUAUCAACGAUACUAAGCUGGGUGAACUAAUGGCCUGACCCAGUAAAAGGCAGCUUCCUAUUCCCUUGCCAGAAGAAUUCAGGGGCUAUAACACAAUAGGCUCUGACUGCUGUGGAAGGAACUGUAGCUCAAUGGUAAGUUCAUAGUUUGGAUGCAGAAGGUCCCAAGUUCAAUCCUUGACAUCUCCAUUUGGGGAGAGGGGAGAUCCAGGUGGCUGAUGAGACACUGGAAAGCUCUUCAAUAUUUAACACUGGGCUAGAUGUACAAAUACUUAUAUUCCUGUGAAAAAGUUGAAAUCUGGAACUGGGCUUCUUCGUUGGUUGUUCUUAAAUUGGGGAGAAAUUUCCAAAGGCAAAGUGACGCUUCAUAUGUGGGGCUAAGCUGGUGCAGUUUGUGAAGGAAGAGCCAUUUGGGAGACUCUUGAAUGAUGUACAUGAUCUAGAUCUGUAUCAGUUUGUUUGGAAUGGCAUGGAGGGGGUAAUCUGUGAACAGAAACCAGCAUAGUAGAGAAGAACAGAAAGAUCUUCCUGAUCUAACAAAUAGCUCUGUGUACUUUACACCAAUAAAGACAUUUAAAGCAGUUUGUUCUUUUGUUGCACUAAAAAUGAACAGGAUCCUACAGCCACAACAAACUUCUGAAGGUGGCUUGCUUAAGCAGGUAGUAUCAGGCUGGAGUUGCAUGAGCUUGGCUAAGUCUAAGCAGAAAAGACUCUCCUGAAUCAGAGCAAAGGCCUAUCUAGUCCAGCAUCCUGUUUCCCACAGUGGCUAGCCCUGAUGUCUCUUGAAAGGCUCAGCAUCAUGACAUGAGGGCAAUAGCCAUCUCCUGUAGUUCCCAAGUAACUGUAUUGAGAAGCAAUGCUGCUUUUUAUCCUGGAGGCAACAUACUGCCAUUAUGGCUAUUAGUCUUAUCCUGACAAGGUCUGGAGAUCAACCGAGCCCUUCUAUACGUCUUGAUCUCUCCCUCUUUCACAAAAAGUAGAGUGACUUUAAAGAGUAGUCCUUUAUCUUUGAGCCUUGCACUCUGUCACCUCUCAGUCUAUUGGAAGCAUUGGGGUACAACUCUCCUUGGAGGCUGAUGUGCCUGCAUAGGAAAAAGUAGAUAGAGGGAGGAACCUCCCAAGUUUCCUCAACUGUCCUUUCUGACCUAACCUGUGGUGACCUUUCCUCAGGUGCUAGACUGAUAGGCUUUUUGACCUCAUUACCUGCUUCCUGCUUCUUCAUCCUCACCUUAGGAGAGGAUACGUGUUUCUGUCCUGUACAAGAGCAAGCAUGGCUCAAGGCAACGUCACCUUAGCUAGGAUCUUUCUUAGCCAGCAUAUACUUUCCAGAAUGAAUGUAGCUUUCUUAUUUUCCUAAACUCAGAGUCUCAUGGUGAUUCUAUCCAAGUUAAGUGUGCCCCUUCAGUAGGAAUGCACAGUAUUAAGUUCAACUUCUGGUUAGCGUUUUAACUCCAAAUGCCAGCACAGUCAGCAUGAGGCCUCUGGGGUACAGAAGGGACAGUUCCUCAGGGUGAAUCUGGUUCAAGAGGUCUGCCUCUUGGGGGCCUGUUUUGGUUCUCUGGUCAAAGGGGCUGCUGGCUGACUGGCUCAGGCCUGGUGGCAAGGCCUAGGUUCAGUCCCUCCAUGGCUUGCACCACUGGUCUUCCUGAACCAGCUGGUCACUCCUUCUCUGUCAGGGAAUAGUAUGAUGUAAUUCCUCAUCCAACCAGGAGUUUCUGCCAGGAAAUUCUCAUCAGUUCUUAUUCAAACAGGGAAUUAUCAUCAAUGUGCCUUAGAUUCAGUUUGCUGGAAAAUAAUGGUGGUUGUGUGAGGGAAUGAUAUACCUUUGAGUCUAUAAUACAUAUGUGUGUUUCUGUGUGGCUAUAGAGAAGUAGUUUAAUGCUCUGAAGGCAAGGUUACUGAUAUUUUCCUCCGAAAAGGGAGUAACAUUUGAAAUAUGCAGCUCAUAAGGUUUUAUACAGCAGCCCACCCCAGGCAACUAUAAUUUAUGUACUGGUGUCGACAGCCACAGAUCAUCCAUAAUACCUAACAGUUUCUCAUGUACCUUGGCCUGUAAAUUAGAUUUCUUGGUUCUUAAACAUUGUUGUACUGAAGGAGAAAAUAUAGCUAGUUGUGCUGAUGUACUAGAGAGGGAGAAAUCCCAAAAUAAGGAUAGGAUAAUAUCUUUAUUAGAUCAGUGCCUGGAUUGGCAGCCACCUGAGGACUCCACACACACCACUCUGAGAUCCAUCAUGAAAGAUAAGCAGGAUAUGAAUGUAAUUAAAUAAAAAAUAUUAGGUUAGACCAUGCUAGGUGCAAAACAGAUUUGAGGUUGCACCAAAGGUUAAUAGGAAGAAGGAAAAAAACAACCAUUCUACCUUUGAAUACAAAAAAGGCAACAUUUGGAUUCAUUUCCUAUGUGCUGCAAUUAACACAUGAUAUGGAUCUGAAUUGUUCUUUGUGCUGAAUGUCAAAAUUGGAUGCCAAACAUGCUUUUAAAGGAAGCUGGGAGGCUUGUAUGAUGUGGAAACAAUAAGAGGCAGGUAUUAAAAUGCCCUUGUGAAGGAAUGGGGCUUUCAGCAUUUUGUGUUUGUGUUUUUGUAUGCAAGUAAUGGGUUAUAGAAUGGUUUUGCUCUAAAGGCUCUCAUGCAUAAGAAGGUUAAAAAAACAACUCACACAAAUGUUAAAAGUUCAAGGGAAUGUUUUGCUCAGAAUGCUGUUCACAGGAGGGUCAAAAGUUUAAGAGGAUAUGUUUUGCGCAGGAGAUUCAAAAGUUGUUCCUAAGAACAUGGCAAUUCAAGGGAAGUAGAAACUUAACUAAGAUACUACUCAUCUACUGUUUAAUUAAAGUGCUGGAAGUUAGCUAAACAUCAAGGACUUUGUUGUGCGGAGCUGGAGUUUAAGAGCUGCAAGAGAAUAAGAGGGAUAAACAGUUUUUAAGACUGCAUGAACACUGGAAAAUGUUGGCGUUUCCAGUUGAAUGCUGCAGGAGGAAGAAACCAAGAGAGGACCACAAAGGGAUCCACAAGCUGAACUGUGGGGUGAAAAUUGUUAAGUAUUGGCUUGAUUCAGGAAACAUUCUAGAAUAGGUAUAGCUGGAUGCUUUUAUCUCUUAAACUCUAAUGGAUAACUAUGCAAACUUUAAAAUUAGAGUCUUUCGCCCUUAAAUUUCUCCCUCAACCUGCUUAACUUUUCAUUUUGCUAAAUUCUUAAGUAAAAUCAUAAUAUGGUCUGAAACAUUAUUAUUCACCCUGUGUCUGAAUGCUGUACCACUUUAUCUAAUACUGGAAGAAAAGAAGAGAUUGAGAGGAGAUAUGAUAGCCAUCUUCAAAUAUCUAAAGGGCUGUCACAUGGAAGAUGGAACAAGCUUGUUUUCUCCUGCUGUGGAGGAUAGGACCCAAACCAAUAGAUUCAAGUUACAAUAAAGGAGAUUCCAACUAAACACCACAAAGAAUUUUCUAGUUUGACAGUGGAACAAACUUCCUCGGAAGGUGGUGGACUCUCUUUCAUGGGAGACUUUAGUUGAGAUUCCUGCAUUGCAGGGGGGUUGAACUAGAUGCCCCUUGGGGUCCUUUUUAACUCUACAAUUCUAUGAUUCUAAGUUCAGAAGUGCUGUUUGGUGUGAGCAGCCAGAGACGGGGGAAAUAAUAUCUACAGAGUGACAGCAGUGAGGUUUUAAAAAAAGGUGGAGUUGGUUUGGCUGAUUUGUUUGAGAGGAAUAAAAAGAGAAGCAAGGCAGAGACUUUCAUAAUAGAUAGACCAUGGCUUGACUGUUUUGGGAACUGUACUAGACUGUGAUUUCAGGACUGACCCUAGGAUUCCAUGCCUGAAUAUUCUUCAGAGACAGGAGCCUGUCUGUACAGAUUGAACCUUCCUCUUUGCAUUGGACCUGAACCUGUAUUUGAUCAUUGACUCCUCUCUAGUGUUGCCCUUGGGACUGUUGUCAGUAGCACUUUCUCCUUACACUUCGCUGCUUGCUGUGUGCACUAUUGGGACUUACCUCAAUGUAAAACAGGUUUCAGGGUACAGUUUGUGUACCCAUGUUUACAAACCUAUGGUUAUUCACAUGCGUAGUGAACUCUUUCAGAUCUAGGAAUUAUCUCCUUCAGUUAAACCAAGUUCACUGAGCUAAUUCAAAAAUCUCUAAACUAAACCUGAAAGUAGUUUCCAUAAUUAAAGGCAAAUUAAGUUCAUUGGGGGGGGGGGUUGAACUUUGAAUGAUUCCUAGUUCACCUUCAAAUUCACUCCCUUUCUCUCUUAGCUUUAUUUAAAAAAAAAAAAAAAAGUAAGUCAAGUGGAUAUUUCUAAAGUUGGAAUCAGCAUUAUAAGUUUCAGGCUAUACUGUUGCUAAGCACUUUUAGCACUUAAUCAGGAACAGCAGGAAGCACAAUUUUGAUGGAGUGUCUCCAUCAAAAGAAGGAGGAGCAAAGGUAUGAGGAGGAGAUGCUGCAGUUGAAACAACCACCACCACCCAAGGUCACAACAAAGGAUUUCAUGGCAUUCACCCCUGGAGAGGAUCCCUGUGACUCUUCUUACCUUUGCAUGAACAUUUCCUGUGACACUUGGCAAAAAUCAAUAUCAAUACUAAGCAUUGGUGCAAUGUAUCAAGUAUUCAGAGCAUAUCACAUACAUUAUCUCAGUAAUCCUUGAUACAACCCUGUAAAGGUGACCAUUGUUUUAUCUCUGUAUUGCAAACACUGAGAUAGGGGAAUUGACAUGGCUUAGUUCAUGGCAGAGAGAAAAUUUUGACUGGCGCUUACUAGAUUUCACUUAUAGUCACAAUAUAACACCAGUGUUGAGACUGCCCUUCAGUCACUUACCUUUCAUGAUGGACCCCUUAGCACUUCUAAAUGAGCCAAAUAUAUUGACCUACUUAAAGCGUGAAAAGACUUGACAGUCUGAUGUUCAUACUGUGGCCAUGGAUUGAGGGUGUGCAUAUUAAAAUAGUUUACCCAUUUUUAGCCACAUAUUGCUAGCAGUUUGCUUGAUUUGCCUUCAUACAUGUGACUAAAAUUAUUCUAGGCCUAGAGUUAAUUGCCCUCCCGAGGCUGCUUACACCAGUGUUGUCAGUAGGAAGGAAAUGAAUAAACCUUACUAGACCUUUUUUCCUUAAUACAUUUCACUGCAACAUUUGAUGCAAUAAAUUAUACAUUUCUUUGAGUAAAAUUGCCAUUUGUUAGUUUGUCUAUCAGACAUACAUUUCAGCAGUUAAUGCCUCUUCUGUUGGUCAGAAAAGACUUGUAACGUUAUAUGUAAGACAAUGUACAAGCAAUUGAAAAUGCAAGACAUACAGCUAGAGAAAUAAAUAAUUGAGCCUAAGGCUAUCCAUAACUACUAGUCAUGAUGGCUAUGUUCUACCACCACUAUCAGAGGCAGUAUGCCUGUGAAUAUGAGUUACUAUAAAGCAUAAGUGGACAGGCUGCAGUAGUACUCAGGUCCUGCUUGUGGGCUUCACAUAGGCAUCUGGUUGGGUACUAGAGCAACAGGGUGCUGGACUAGAUGGGUCAUUGGCUAGAUUCAGCAGGCUUUUAUUGUUGUUGCUGUUGGCAUCUGCCUGUCUUGGGAGACAAUGGAGAGUAUACUUUGGGGGGUGAAGUCAAACAUUUGGAGAGUUGCAGCGCCUGCUACAGCUGUAGAGACCCAUAUGAGAGAGACAUAGUUUGUUGCAGCUGGGGCAGAUGAAGGCAGCUGGUUUUGUGAUGCAGAUGCAUCAUGGUGUUCAUUCUCUCUGCGCUCUAUCCAGUGGCCACCCCUCCUUUGUUCACUCUUGUUGAUGAAUGACCUGUCUGUCUCCAGGCACUACAAUCUUCUGCAAGGGAUUCCCACAUGGCAGGGUUGAUGUUUCUAGCCUUCAUGUCUCACUUGCAGUCAUCUUUGUAACAGAUAUUGAUCUGCCAAGGGGCCUGGUGCCUGAAGACAGCUCCCCUGUAGAACAUGUCCCUGCGAAUCCUGCUGUUUUGUGGACAUGCCCAAACCAGUGCAGAUGUCACUGAGACAGGAGUGUGAAUGUGGUAGGAUGUGGUAUUAGGUGUGCACAUCUUUAUUUGAGACUCUGCCCUGUCAUGUGAUGCCCCAAAUCUUCCUGACAACAGCACAUGUGGAAGGUGUUGAGACAUCGCUCCUGGUGGUUGUAAGUCACUUCCAUAAAGCAGCAUGCUCAACACACAAGGCUGGUAGACCUUCAUCUUAGGAUCAGUUGUUAGCAUUACAUUCUCCCAUACCAUUUUGGGAGAGGGAGAGGCAAGCCAUUGCCAUGACUGCCUUGCCAAUAUGCUUAUCCAGUUCAGUGUCAGUGGAAAGGUUGCUGGUUAUGGUGGAGUCCUCUGCAAAAUCCAUGCAAGGGACCCUAUUUUGUUAGGGGAUUGCAAUGCAAGCCCCUUCCUGAAUCAGGGUGGAGUUUGUAUGGAAUCCUGCAAAACUGGGGAGGAUUAAACCUUGCUCAUCAGCUGGUGAGUGGGGGGUUAAAUUAUCCUUACUUUGACUGUGUGCACUGUUCCUCCUCCUGCCUCUCUAGCUCACACUGGCAAUGCCAUUUCAGCCUCAGUGGCCAAGGGAAAUGGUGGACAAUGGUAGAGCAGGAUGGUUGCUGUGGACCUGUCUAGGCCUUUCCUAACAAUUCCUCCACAGCUCGCCUGGACCACCCACCUCUGUCUCAAUCUGUGCUUUUGUCUCUUAUCUCCCUCCUCCGCUUCCCUUUUCCUCAGGGUCCAUCACUGCUGUGAUGGUGAUGCAGUUCUCAGAAGUUUAUUAUAAUGCUGUACUUCACUGUACAACCUGUGCAACUAUCAUUGGAUGUCUCAGUAUCUUCCUUUAUUUAUGCUCAUUUCACCCUGUCUUAUUGCAGACGUGCUUGUGUUGUUCGAGGCCAGGUGGUAGCGAUAGAUGGAACCCCCCUGGUUGGCGUGAAUGUGAGUUUCCAAAACCACAAUGAUUAUGGAUACACCAUCAGCCGACAGGAUGGAAGGUGAGAUAGUUUAUUCUGUGUCUUCUGAUACUAUUUUACUUCAUUUUUGAGAAGCAUUUGGUUAAUUCAGUUGUUGAAAAUAACUUGGCUGUCAACUAAUUAAAUAAUUAUGUCUGGAGACUCGUCUGUCUUUUAAACUGAUAAAUUACUUGAUUUUAUUUUAAUGCAAAUCAGCAAAAUAUACAAUUUUUGGUAAAUAUUUUUAGUUAAUUUUUCAGUCGAUAAAAGACAAGUAAAGCAGCUAUAACAAAAGAGCAGAAAUAGAGAACAUUAAUACAAAACGAAAUAAAUAUAUAGACAUGCAUGGUAAAUGCAGUCUGUGGGUUGAGUAGAAAGGUGAAAUUUGUAUGUAUUUGAAUAAGGCACAUUGGUAGUUUCUGUAUAAUUCCAAAUUACCGAGUCUUGUGAUGGUAGUUUUCUUGAGAAUAUUGAUGUUGCUCUAUAAGUAAUAAAAAAUCCCAAGGUUCUAGUCCUUAUCUAAAUUUCAAAUUACAUGAAAUUUUCUCCAUUACAAAAUAUACCAUUCUGAGACAUACUACAUGCACUAUAACUAACAUAAAUGAACAAAAGUCCUCCUCAGAAAAUAAAAUAUACCUUCAACGCUUUAUUUUUACUAUUGUUUUAUAGGUGAUUGUAUGACUUUUGUUGUAUUCAUUGUACCACUUUUACUUUUUUCUGAUUUUACAUCAUGCUUUGGACUUUUACAUUUUUGUAAGUCACUUGGAGAUUUCUUACGUGGCAAGCAACUAAUAAAUUGAAAUAACAGUAAUUGUUAUAUGCCACCCCAAUCUCUGAGCGACAAGAGAUUCCAGGAGUUUCAGGCACUUACCCAGCGUUCGGUUUUGUUGGAAUGAGAGACAGUGGAGCCUGUUGUAUCUUUGGGAUAUGUGGUUUAUUGACACCAAUAUGCAACCUGAACCUAAGGUGGAGAGGCUCACAGCAUUAACAACCCAACAGAUAUCGCUUCUCCAUUAGUGACAGCUUUGGAUCCAGCACAAAUCAAGCAAGUCCAGCUUCUCGACUUGUUUUUCCGAUGAGUUCACGCACCACUACCUUGGCUGUUGUCCUUCUAGCUACCAGACAGGCAGGAAGGAGAAAGGCCUACCCAUUUGCCAUAUGGUGCACAGCAACUUCUUUGGUUAUGCUACUCAUGGUCCUUAAAUGGCCAGCUAAGGCUAUUGUCUUAAAAUCACCUAGACAGGCUAUAGUCAAUCUAUAAAAAUGAAUGUGUUGCCAGUAAUGUUGUUUUUGUUUCAAUCAAUUAUGGUGAUCAACAAGACAGAUUGUUUCAAUGUAUGGCAAAAAGAUAUUUCUAAAUAUAUCUAGCAGGGGCGGGGGAGAACGAGAAUAAAAUAUAAAAUAUUGAAAGAUGUAAAAGACAGAGGAGGUUUCUCCCUGCUGGGUAUGAGUUUAUAUUAUGAAGCAUUUUGCCCUUGAUGGUUGAAGGAAUGGAUGACAUUGGAGAAUCCACAUAUCUUAGAUUUAGAAGAUCAUGGUAAUAUUUUUGGUUGGCAUGCCUAUUUGUGGUAUGAAAAGGUGAAAGUACAUAAAGGAUUUACAAAUCACAUAAUUAGAGAAUUUUUUUAUAGAGUAUGGGAUAAAUAUAAAAGUUGGUUGGAGACAAAAAUACCACUUUGAUUCUCACCUUUGGAAGCCAUAGCAGUAAUGAAAAAGAAUAUAAUAGAAGGUUGGACAACUUAUAGAAAAUUAUUAAAACAAGGGGGAGGAGAGUAUAAAUUAAAAGGAUUUAAGGAUUUAUCAGGAAAGCUAACAACAUGGAUACAAUAUCAUCGUUUGAAUGAAGUAUUUAAGAAAUAUAAGAUACAAGGGUUUGGGGAACAAAUAUCACAAUUGGAGAGAGAUCUGUUGUAAUGUUAAAGUGCUGUCUGAAAUCUAUAAGAUAUUAUUGGCAUGGGAGACAAAGGAUGAGCAAGUAAAAUCUUCAAUGAUUCAAUUUACAGCAAGCUAUAGUUUAAGAGAAAACUACUGUUAUAAACAUGGUAUCAAACACUGACUAAAUUGUCAAAAAUGUAUAAAACAAAAUCAAAUAUGUGUUGGAAAUACAAAGAAAAAGAUGGUAUUUUUUAUCAUGUAUGGUGGUCUUGUAGUAAGAUUAAAGCUUACUGAGAAAUGAUUAUAAUGAAUUGAAAAAGAUGUUUAAAAUAACAUUUGUAAAAAAAACACACACACCCAAAAGCUUUACUUUUGGGAAUUAUAGGGGAAGAACUACCUAAACAGUAUAGAAAUGUAUUCAUGUAUGCGACAACAGCGGCAAUAAUGUUAUUUGCCCAGAAAUGGAAAGAAGGAGAAGUCCCAAUGAAAGAAUAUGGAUACAAAACUUGUGGAAUACAGUGGUACCUCUAUUUCCGAACGUAAUCUGUUCCAGAAGUCCGUUCAAGUUCUGAAACGUUCAAAAACUGAAAGCGGAAGCCUCAGAGUGGAAGCCUUAAUAUGGAAAACUCAAAAUGGAAGCCGUAUUACCUUUUCGACUUCUGAGGCGCAUUCAAAAACGGAGGCAUUUACUUCCGAGUUUUCGGUAUUUGAGUUCUGAAACGUUCGACUACAGAGGCAUUCGAAAACUGAGGUACCACUGUAUGCAGAAAUGGAGAAACUUACCAGAAAAAAUAAGAAAUCAAGAUGACAAACUUUUAUAACAGAAUGGAAAUGGUUUGUUGAAUAUUUUCAAACAAACUGUAAACAGAUAAGGACAUUGGCAGGAUCAUUGUAAUAACCUACAGUUUCGUAAGAGCAUAUAUUUAAAGUAGAUGAAGAAAAGAAUAAGUUAAGUUAAUUUAGAAUAAGCAGGAAAUGUAAAAAAUAAAUUUAAGGAACCACAGAAAGAGGAUGAAGUCAGUCAAGUUUUGAAAUGUUAGAAUGAUUGUAAAACUAGUGAAAUGUGUUUAACAGAAAAUCAUAAAUAAAUAAAUAAAUAAAUAAAUAAGUGAAAUGAAAUGAAAUCACCUAGAUAGAGGAACUGGUUAGGCGAACUGAUUGUCAUACUUUCUACCCCCACAGAUACAGAAACCCAAGAAUCAGAAGGGACUCAGGGCAUUAUUCAGGCUGACGCACACGAACACCACAAACUCACAUAAUAAUAAUUAAUUUCCCCUUCCCUAAUGCAAUAGCACAUCUGUGCAAAAAAUUAGUUGCUGUUUUUUUAAAAAAGUGCACCCUUAACACACAGUUCGUGGAUUGACAUUUUGAUGUACUGAUUAAAAUAGGGCCUUAUGGAUUAAUCAACUGAACCAGUUAAAGCUUGCAAAUGCAGAAAAAGCUUAUGUUCACAAUUUCAUGGUAUGGUUUCCUUUUUACUGCAACAGCAGCAUAAAUACUUUAAAACUGUGAGUAAAUAAUCUAUUGCAGUGUCAAGCCUUGUAAGUAAUGGAGCUGAUAUCCAUUCCAUAUUUUUUGUGAUUUUAAAAUGCCAGGGUAGCAAGUCACCUAAUUAUUAUUUCUGAUUUACCUAUCUCUUGACAGAGCUGUAGCAUGCAAAUGUGCUCUCUCUAGUUUUCUUUCUUUCUUUCUGUGUAACAUUUGGGAAAUGUGAUGGAAUAUGCAUAAUUAAGCCUGACUUCCUAUCACAGUUUGUUACCAUCAAAGGUUUCCAUAAGAGAUGCAUCCAGUAAUAGAGUGAAGUAACUAUUUACACUGCCUUACGUUACAUGACUAUCGAUGUUAAAGUCAUAUGAUAAUAAGAAACUGUAUCAUUUCCUCUGUCUAAUACCAUUUUAUGCCCCAUACCUCUUCUGGGAUAGAGAGCUCUUUUCUAUCACAGUCUAUCAGCUCAACACACAGUGAUAAUAAAUAUGUGAAAACUCUUCAUGGUAUGUGAUGCAGGCAGGUCAGUGGAUAACCAUUCCAAGUAACUUCUGCAACCAGUGUCCAGCAAACCAUCUUGCACAGGUACUCAGCCAUUGAUGCAGCCAGGUCAACCUCAUAACUCCCAAAGCUGAUUGGCUUAGGAUGUGAGUAAGCAACUGACUGUUUACCUGCUUCUUCACAUUGUAGGAUAUCAUACUCAAACAGCCAUGUUGGCAAAGAGUGAAGGUGUAAGUGGCAGUCAGCUGUUUCAUCAUUCAUUCAUUCAUUUUCCCUCCCAUCUGACUCGGUUGCCCCAGCCACUCUGGGCAGCUUCCAACAUAACAAAAAUGUUGCACACACACUCAGUCUCCAAGUGGAUUCUAGGCACUUACCCAGCAUUCAUGUUUCCUUUGAAGUGAAGUUCAGCAGAGACUGUGGUGUCUUUAUGAUAUAUGGUUUAUUUAUACAUAUAUACAACCUGAGCCUACAACAGAGGGGCACGCAGCAUUAAUACCUCAAGAUGGCCCUGUCCCCCCCCCCCCCGUAGCUGCAGCCUUGGAUUCAAACUGAAAUCAAAUACCUCUGUGGCUCUCUCUAGCUUACCUGUCUGCAGGUUUGCUUCAUCUAGCUUCUAGUUCACAUCAUUCAGCUCUCUAGCCUCCUUCCUUCUAACUGCCCGCAUGUUGAUGGAGGGUUCCCCACCCAUCUGCCAUCUUGCACAGAGCCCCUUCCUUUGUUCCACUUUAUGGCCCAUCACCCAGGCUGUCACCUCAUCAGGAAGCUAGCCUGGCUGUUCUAAGAAUUUGAAGGGGGCCCAGGCAUUCAGCCUACCUCCCACAAAAGGCUUAAUACAGUGGAUGCUCGGGUUGCGAACGUGAUCCGGGCAGGAGGCACGUUCGCAACCUGCAGCAUUUGCAACCUGUGACCCGCGUAUCUGCGCACGCACGGGUCGCGAUUUGGUGCUUCUGCGCAUGCGCAAAGCGUGAUUUAGCACUUAUGCACAAGCGCCAAAACUCGGAAGUAACCGUUCCGGUACUUCCGGGUUCAGUGCAGUGUGCAACCCAAAAUCACGCAACCCGAAGCAUCUGUAACCUGAGGUAUGACUGUAACAAUAGUAAGGGUUUGAACAACAGACACACUGCAAUGCUGUUUUGACUCCAGUUUCUUUUCACAUUGCAUCUGUGCUUCUUCGUUAAUGAAUUUUAAUUUGUUUUUAUUUCUUGUAAGCUGCACUAAGAGCUACAGUAUAACGUGGCUUUUUAAUGUAGUAUAAUAAAAUAACUAAAUGCAUACAUACACUUAGGCAUUUUUUGGCAGUAAUAUGAGAGCAGCAGCUGUAUCACUUGAUGGUUCAAAAUUUAAAAAGAUUGGUAAUAUUAAUAUGCCCACUUUGCCCUAUGAAGAGUGGUUAACACAGAAAGUGCUUAACCCAAAUGUUGGAAAGAUGGAUUUUCAAAAGGGUAUUGUUGAAGCUAUAUUGGACUAGAAUCAGAUUUUUAAAAUAGGCUUCUUUUGUCUUUUCAGUUUUGACCUAGUGGCUGUUGGGGGCAUCUCAGUCACCUUGGUCUUUGAGAGAUCUCCUUUUCUUUCUGUGAAAAGGACACUUUGGCUGUCCUGGAAUCGGUUUAUUGUGAUAGACAAAGUAGUCAUGCAAAGAGCAGAAGUGGACCCACCAUCCUGUGACAUCAGUAACUUUGUGAGCCCCAAUCCCAUUGUCCUCCCUUUUCCUCUCACAUCGUUCGGAGGAUCGUGUCCAGAAAGGGGGACAAUUAUACCAGAACUACAGGUAAGAACAAAUGCUGAUGGUGUAAUAUCACUGCUGGAAUGACAAUAAAUAGUUGGUUAUCUAUUAGGAUGGGGACCCCUGUUUGUGUUAAAGCAUGGAUAAUUUAAUUGCCCUUUAGCUAUGUUAGAUUUGAUUUGCUAAAAUGAAGAACUGAUUAUUUUGCUUUUUUAUGUAAGUCAGUGGUUCCCAACCUUUUUAGUUCUGAGAAACUGACCUAAAUGGCAGUCACAAAAUAACAUAACACUAAAUUAAAUUAAAAUAUGCCAUUAUUAUUCCCCUGUUGCUGGUGAGUAAGUGUGGAUUAUGCCAGCCUAGCAUAACCCAGUAUUGUUAUACCCAUUUUCCUGAGGGUGAGCAACCAGAGUUUUUAAAAAUAUGACAACCCUCGAGUGUGUAGUCCAGUCUUGCUAUCCUGUGUAUUGGAUUUUUAGGGAAAUGAUGAGGGUUAAGGAGAGAAGCUUGUGGAGCUGAUUAUUGCAGCAGUGCAAUUAAUUAAGGAGUGAAGGGAGCUACGGAAAGAAUUGAUGGUUUCAUUUGUGAAUGGAAGGAUAGGAACUGCAGAUCCACACAUUGGGAAACAACAGAAGGAUGAUUUCAAGUUUCUUAGAGUUUUCUCUGAUGUGAUUUUCUGUGACAUUUACACACCCAACUGUUUUUCAGGUGGUCCAGGAGGAAAUCCCCAUCCCUUCCAGCUUUACAAAGCUCAGCUACCUGAGCAGCCGAACUUCAGGAUACAAAACCUUGCUACGCAUUGUGAUGACACAUUCUACCAUCCCUCCUGGAAUGACAAAAGUGCAUCUUACUGUUACAAUUGAAGGGCGGCUGGCUCAGAAAUGGUUCCCUGCUGUCACCAACUUGGUCUAUACCUUUGCUUGGAAUAAGACAGAUAUCUACGGCCAAAAAGUCUCUGGCUUGGCAGAAGCAAUGGGUAUGCCUUUUAACAACAACGACAAUUAAUUAACUAUUGAUUUAUUGCAUGGGCAUCAGCCAUUUUAUUUAUUAUGUAUGAAUUCCAAGAAGCCUUUUGAAUGAUCAUCUUUCCCUGGCUGCAUCUGCAAUAGAAAUGUUCUUAAGUUUUUAUGUUUUAGAUAUUAUUAUUAUUAUUAUUAUUAACCUUAAAAUGCAUUCCUCUAAGGAGCUCAAGGCAGUGUAUAUGGUUCUUUUGCCCAUCCAUUUUAUCCUCACAACAAUCCUGUGUGGUAGGGUUAGGCUGAGAGAUAAUGACUGGCUCAUAGACAUCCAAUGUGCUUCAAGUCUCAGCAGUAGUCAUUUAAAAAUGUUGCUACUUAAUCCAAAUCAAAUGGUGUGUGUCUGUUUUCCUGUUCUUGUGAGCAGAUGCACAAUUAAAGAUGUAUAUUUCCUGGUCAGUUUCAGCAACACACCUUCUAAAAGCAAAUUCAGGUGGUUUGUGAGUGCCUUGAAUAUUGGAGCCAAAAUACGGCCACGGAACAUGAGAGAGGGAGGUCUUGGCAUUAUUACAAGAACCCUGAAGUUUGCAGACGUACAAACAUAGUUGUUGAAAAUAACUAACAAGACAAGCUGACUCCUCCAAACAACCUUGUAAGGACUGAGCAUGUUCAAGUGCCAGGCCAUGUGGAACGUCAAGGGAAUGGCUGUAACACAUUCAUAGUGCAUCUGCUUUGUGUCUCCCAGGUACAAUCCUUGGCGUCUCCACCUAGGCCUGGGAAUAUCCCCUCUCUGAUACUACAUGGAACAAAACCUAUGUUCCCAAUGUCAUUCUGAAAAUAAAAUGGAAAGCUCAGUGUGUGGGCAGAGUAAAAUGCAGGUUACACAAUCCUCAAGGAGAAUAUGGUUGUCUGGCAGGAACCAUGGACAGGGGACUUCUGGUCUGCAAGCCUUAAUUAUGCCUGUCAUAAUUACGUUGCUCCAUCCAAACUACACCCACCUGCCUUACACAUAUGAUGUCUGGUGAGAGGAGGGAAAGGUGGGUCUUGGAUGAAAGUGCUUUGCAGGCACCACCGCUGCCCGCAAGACCCUUGCAUAAGGCUUCUCAAGAGUAGAUAAUCAGCGGAUGAAAAGUAGUUGGGAAGUGCUGAGGACAGAACUUUGUGAGCACUGACGAUCAGUUGGUUGUUGGUGCUUCACAGACUGUUUUGCUUGCAUGAUUUGAUGUCAAACCACAUGAGCAAAUGCAGGUCACCUGUUCUCAAUUGUGACAUUAGGAAAUUGACUGGUAGGCACCGGUAGUCUCAAAUUGAGACUGCAAGGUGGGAGGUGGAAUCAGAGGAUUGUAGAGUUGGAAGGAGCUUUCACUGCCACAUCCAUUCCCUGACGCUUGUGCUAGAUACACCUCAACAUUUUGUUGCAGGUCUCACUUGUUUUCUCUAAUAGCAAACUCAAGAGCUUUAAGCACCUAGCCAUCUGGAAAGAAAACAGAGCCACCAAAAACAAGCAGCGGUUUCUGCAUCCUUGAGGACCUCCUAAUUUAUGCAGAGAUUUAUAGGGCUGUAAUUUUGUUUUAAAGGUUUUUAAAAUGGCCUGGCAAAGAUCUUUGAGCUUCCAGCCUUACAAAAUGCUACCAGUAGUUGAGCUUAGAGAAAAUAGGGUCUAAUGGGAUGUGAUGAUGUCAUGAAAGCCUUUUAGAACUGGCUACAUGGUACCCAUCAGUGAGCACAAAGGAAGCACAAAUUACUCUCACUCUUAAGCAUUGACACAGUUGUAAUUUUGCCAAAAUGUGCACUGGUGUGUGCAUUACAUGAUUCCCAUUGAGAACGAUAUAAUGUGCAUAGAAAAUAUAUCUAUUUGGAUGCACAUUAUGAAUACAUCCUGGCCAACGCUUCCUGUUUUCCUGCACUGCAAGUAUGUCUGUUUGUGCCCUUUGGGAAACCUUUGGAAAGGGGCGGGGGGAGCUUGGUUCCGUUUGUUUUCUGGUUUAUGAGGAAAAAUCUCUGGCUGCCUAAACAUAAAGGGAAGACAGGACACCAGGGAGGAUGGAAGCCCUGUACUUCACUAUUCUAUCUUAAUUCCUGCCAAAAGGAGUCGUUCCUCAUCCUGUCCUGGCUUGAGUGACCAUCCCCUCUUGCUCUAGAGCAGGGAUGUGGAACCUCAUGCCCUCCUCGCCUUUGGCCCUUCUUGCCUUUUGUUCUGGCCCUUGGAAUUCUUCCCAAACUGCACACCCCGCUGACCCUGUUUCACAAGCUGUGUGGUUUUGUCUGGCUGGGAUGUGUUCUCGAGGUCUGACAAGGCCUCUUGCUUGACUGAACAGAGGAUAGAGAGGGGUGCGUUGAACAGGCGAGUAGAAAUCAACCUGUUGUACAAUGGUAAAGUUUGCAUUCCUUGUACAAUACUAGUGCCUGGAUGGAGACUAGAGAGGAGCAAGAAUGAGUAAACAUUACAUCAGUUGCCCCACACUUUUUGUCUCUGGCUCUAACCACCACUGUCAUGUGGCCCUCAGAAAGUUGCCCAGAAGGGAAUGUCAAGAAAUUAAGCCUUUAGUGCCAAGGGCCUAGUCCUGCAGAACACCUUGCCAGUGGAGAUUCAGCAGGCACCUUCUGUGCCAGCUUAUAAAUGCCUCCUGAAAACUUUUCUGUUCUGCCAGGCAAUAAAGAGUACACCCCACAGAGUAGUAGUUUACUGAUGUUUGUUUUUAAUUUCUUUUUACUUUCAACUUGUUUUAAAGUCUUUAUUAUUUUCUUGUUUGAUUUUAUGUUUUUUAUAUUGUUGUAAACUGCUGUGAUAUAUCUUUAUGGUACAGUGGUAUAUAGUAAAGUGGUAUCUCAGGUUAAGAACUUAAUUCGUUCCGGAGGUCCGUUCUUAACCUGAAACUGUUCUUAACCUGAAGCACCACUUUAGCUAAUGGGGCCUCCUGCUGCCACUGCGCCGCCGGAGCACGAUUUCUGUUCUCAUCCUGAAGCAAAGUUCUUAACCUGAGGUACUAUUUCUGGGUUAGCGGAGUCUGUAACCUGAAGCGUAUGUAACCUGAAGCGUAUGUAAUCAGAGGUACCACUGUACAUAUUUUUAUAAAUAAAUAAAAUGUGGCCCUUGGGCUGAAAAAUAUUCUCCACCAUACAACAUAUUUAGAGUUCUUACCCUGCUAAGGUUCAAUCUAUUUUGGAAAGUAGAUUUGAGCAUCUUCCAUUUGAUGACUGUCAUGUAUGCGUGUGGCAUGGUAAAAUUUGUGUACAUUUUCUUACCUUUUCUUUAAAGUACCUCAUUCAUAUAUUUGUCAGGCGUAUUUGUUUCCCAAAAGUACCAUGAGUUUGCAAGGUAUUGUUUUUGUUUGUUAUUAUGGUACAGAUUUUUGUGUUUCGAUGUUGCAAACUGCCCUGUGAUCUUCAGGUGAAGGACAGUAUAAAAAUUUAAUAAAUAAUAGCAAUAACAAUUCCUGCUUCAUGACAAAAAGUCAGGUACUAUAGGAUAUCCAUCAUAUACCCAUCUGCCUUUCACAGCACUUCUGAAAAAGUCCAGGGUAUUAUCUUCCCUGCCCCCAUAAUUGACACCUCAUCAUGCUUAAUCAUUCUCUUUUUUAUUAUUCAAAGAAAGAUUCAUCAUUAAGUUCCAGUAAAACUGAUGAGUUGUGUGCAAUAAUUAUACCAUGAUGCCAAUAUAAUAGCAAAUGGCAUUGGAGCAGAUUGAAAUAGCAAAUUUCAUACAAAACAUCCCCCCUCCCCCGCUACUCAAGUGCAAUGGAGAAAUCUUGACAUCUUUUUUUGUGUGUGCCUUCCAGCAAGAUAUAUUCUUUCAAAGUGAUGGAUUAGAGAGAGCAAGGUGAGAGGGCAGAGGGGAUAGUGGCUCCCUGAAAUAAAUGAAACAAGAGGUCUGCUUGCCCCAGGUGUGAUGGAGUGAGCCUGUGCAUCCAUUCCUAUGCCCAACAGACAGCAGUUGUGACAGUGCUGCCCGUGGAAGCAGCAUUUUUGCAGCACUGAUGAAUCACUGGAGGGACAGCAGGGUGAGCAUCUGGGCUCAGACCAGGCAUACCCUCCUGCCGUCUCUCAGAGCAGUGUCACAAGAACAUUGUCCCUAGGAAACAGCACUGCUGUGACAAUUUCAGGGCUGAUAGGAAUCAAUGUGGGGGGGGGGGAGCCAAGCUCAGUGGCAUACAGCACCUGUUUGGCAUACAAAAAGACCCAGAUUUUAUCAUUGGCAUAUCUAGAUAAAAAGAUUUCUGUUUUUCAUUUUGUUUUCUUCCAGAUUUCUGUUUAAGACCCUAGAAAGCCGCUGCUUUCAUUGAUUAUUGCAAUGUGCACUAUGUGGUGCUGCCCUUGAAGACGACCCAGAAACCUUAAUUGGUCCAAAAUGCAGCAGCUACCAGAUUUCUGGCUGGAGUUUCUUUUAGAUCUCGUAUAACCCCUGUUUUAAAACAGCUGCAACACUUUCCAGUUCUUUCCCAAGCCUGCUGUCUCAAGUGGUGUUUGUGAUCUAAUUAUUGAUAAAGUACAGGUGAAAUAAGAAAUACCUGUUUUAAAAGCAAGUAUAUCUAAAAUAAUUAUAGUGGCAUAGGUAUAACCUGGUAUCUACAAGGGAGACAAUCUUUCAUUAAAAAGAAAUGAAAUGAGACUUGCUGCAGCAUCAGACAAAAUACUUGUCUGGUCCAGUGUCCUCUUCCCUACAGUAGCCAGAUGCUUAUGGGAAACCCACAAAAAGGGCAUGGGGGCAAUAGCCCUUUCCUCCAGUUGCUCCCCUGCAACCAUUUUCAGAGGCAAGCCUCAGAGUCGGCUAUUAGCAUAAUUUCUAACAUUUAAUAUCGCCCAAAAGGCAUUAUGCAGAAAUGCAAUAUUCAGGUACCUGAAAACUUCCCAUACAGACUCUCUCAGGUGCUAAGAUCAGUGGAGGGGGAUCUCUUGAUUGCUCCAUCAUCCUCAGAAGCUUGUGGGGGCUGGUCUGGGAGAGGGAACUUUCUCUUUGGCAGCUCCUAAGUUGUGGCACUCACCAAAGGUGUGUUUGGCACCUUAUAUCACCUUUGGUGAAUGCUGAAGAUGCACCUUAUUACCCUGGCUUUUGACACUUGAGUUGUAUAUUUUCCAAACACACCUUAAUUUUGGUGUUUUAUGCUGUUUUUAAUAUUUUGUUUUAGAGUUGUAAUCCACCCUGAGACCUUAGGGCAAAGAGCAGGUUAAUAAUAGGAAGAAGAAGAAGAAGAAGAAGAAGAAGAAGAAGAAGAAGAAGAAGAAGAAGAAGAAGAAGAAGAAGACUGACCCAUUAAGGCAUCUUCGCAUCUUUCAUAAAUCUAGUUGAUUUCAGCAUUUUUAUUCCUUCCUGGAAUAAAAAUACAAUUUUUCUUUUCUUUUUCACCAUCUCACGAGUUAUAGCUUUCACGUACAUGCCCCUGAAAGAAGCAGAGUGCUUAUUUGCAACCUGAGUGGUUCCCUCCAGGAGCAGAGAGCAAUUAUGUCCUUUAGUUUUCAGGAAUGUGUUCUUCUUUGCACAUGUGCUCCUGAAUCUCUGCAGGUGCCACAUUAACAGCAGAUACGCAGUGGUAGUCUUGGGAUCUGCGAUUAUUUCGGCUCCAGCAGCAGCAAUUUACUCUGCAUUUCUUCAUGAUAAUGGCAUAGGAAAGAAUUCUGGCAAGCCGAAAGCGACUUUCUGUUACUAAGACAAGUUUUGUGGUUUCUGUUGCUCCUGUUCACUGAUGAGGUUUUCAGAAGAGUUGCCUGCUCCCCCCCCCCCCCGUAAGGUGGAGUGGAUUUUCCCAUUGCUUCCUAAGGAUGUUAUAAAUACUGAUGCCAUUGUAUUAGCUGCUAACUACUGCAGCCUCGAUUUUCCUGGUCAUUAAGAAAUAGUCACACAAGAGAUAUGCUUACUAAGCUUUUUUAAGCACAGUGUAUGUAAAACAAACUGCUUGUGCUGUUUAUAUAGGGGGUGUUAUUGGGUUGUAGGGGGGUGUUAUUGGGUUGCUGUUUUUAUUUUGCGGUUUUAUAUUUUGAUUUUAUUCUGUGAACCGCCCUGAGACCUCCAAGUAUAGGGUGGUAUAAUAAUAAUAAUAAUAAUAAUAAUAAUAAUAAUAAUAUAUGCAUAAUAUAUGCUUUCCUCCACUGCACCUUUGCUGUUUAUACAUAUUUGCUGAUGUACUUCUAGAAAACCUGGAUAUAAUUUAUAGCAAUGGUCUUUAGAAUUCUGCUCUUUGUCUACAGAAAAGCCUAUACAGUGGUACCUCGGUUUUCGAGCAUCUCAGAAGCUGAACGUUUUGGUUUUCAAAUGCCCCAAACCCAGAAGUAAAUACUUCCCUUUUCAAAUGCACCUCAGAAGUUGAGUGGCUUCCGUUGCAUGUUUUUCCAUUUUCUCCAUUGAACUUGCAGCCAGCCCUUUGUGUCUUGGUUUUCAAACGCCUUGAAAGUUGAACAGUCUUCUGGAACGGAUUGCGUUUGAGAACCAAGGUACCACUGUAUUUCAUUGGUGGGUGGGCAUGACCCAUGGAGAUGGAGAUUCACUAUUGGUUGUAGAUUUUGAAGGGUGCUUGAUCAAGACACCCCCCAUCCCAGAGCCCGUUCCCUCUGUCAGUCUACUUCAGGGAUGAAUUACCUCAGGUCCUUCAGGCCUGUCUGUCUGGUCCUUGGGACUGUCUCCAGACCACACACCCCUCAGUGACAUCUUCCUGGAAAGUUUUUUGCCUGCCUGGAAUAUAUCCUUGACCUCUGAUUAAUUCCUCUUGCUUAUUUGGAGGGAGGAGAGGAGUGGGUGAAUAUGUGGAGAAACUACCCUAUUGUACAAUUAACGUUUGUUGCCCCAUUAGCUUUUGCCUCUGUCCCCACCCACUGCUGGCAUGUGCCCCUGGAAGUGAGUGUGGCCUAUAGACUAGAAAAUAUUCCCCAUCCUCAGUCUGCCUCCCUAUUCACAUUAGCGCUCAACUGUAUGUGCACAUUACUGUAUUUUAUGCUCAAGAACCACAGCAUAAAUGUUACCCCAACUGAACCUGAAUCACAUGCCUUACAUUUUCUAAUUUAUGUUGUGCAUAAAUGUACUUAUAGAAAAGUCAACUGAUCUAAUUUUUUUGUACAGUAUAUGCAUAAUAUUUGUACAUCUGCUCCUCCUCCUCUACCACAUCAUUGCUACCGCCUACUUAUGCCUGCUAGGCAGAGAGCCCAUCAGCAAGCAGGCGGUGGUUGCAUCAGCUGCUGUUUCUCCUCCUCCACCACCACCAUGGCAUGAGCCAGAGUGAGAGGUGGAUGAACAAGCAGGGUGCAAUAUGAAGAGGAGCAGGGUCAAGGGGACUCUUCUUAGCAGGUGCAUUGCAGUUGCCCACCCAUGGCGACCUUUGAUUAAGAUUUUGGGAUUGCUUUGAGGGAGGGAUAGGAGGGAGUUGCUCCAUUGUGGAGAACAGAAGUGGUGGCUGUUGCCCAGAGCAGACAAUGAGCGGACAAUCCAUUCUAGUUUUGUUUUGCUCAGUUCUACAAGGGCAGCAAUGAGACACAGGCCACCAUCACACAAAUUCUUAGACUACCCACUGCAAGUGGAAGAGGGACUUUCCUAACAACAGUCAGCAACCUUAACGAACUACAGCUCCCAGAAUGCUUUGGAGGAAGCCAUUGAUGUCUAAGGUGCUAUCAUAGCACUUUAAAUGUAUAGUGCGAAUGUGACCUAAGGAAAAGGAAGCUGACAGGUGUAAUAGGACUGCCUGGUUCAUGGCUGUUGCUUUUAGUUCACUGUCAACAGCAGAAUAAACCUGUGCUUGAACUUUGUCUCAGUGUCAGUCUCUUAUCCUCCAUUCCUGCUGCAGCCAGGCAUUCUCAAACAGAAGGAAGGGUGACCAUUGCUUAUAUUUUUGAAGACUGGAGGUGCCAAAAGGCCUCUAGUUGUCACAAUUUCAUUAAUUAGUAAAUCUAGUCUAGGUAAUCAUGUACCAUGUCAUCAAGAUCCUCCUAAGGUCCGUUUUUUACAAAUAGCAGAUGAGAUGGAACUCUCCAGUAUCUGGACUGCACUGCUUUCAACUGUAGGCCAGGGGGGCAUGUGUAUGUAUGUAUGUAUUUUUCUAAGUUCCAAACUGCUUAGAAAAAAAAGAAUCUCCACACAGUAUAGAGAUUCAGUUAUAUAUCAAAAAUUAUAUUGACAAAAAUACAAAAAGCAAUUGAAUACAUAAAUACAUAAAACCAUAAUCAAAAGCAAAAGCAAAGAUAAAACCAAUAGCUCAUUUAAAACAAAUGUAAUUAUAUAAUGUGUCUGAAUGGGGCUGCUGAAACAGAAACGUUUAAGUAGGCAGAUAAAACAAUAUAGUGAAGGUGCCAGCGUAAUGUCAAUAGGCAAGGUGUUCCAGGUAAUGCCACUGUAAAGGAAUGACUUGCAAAGGCAGGAUGAACAUUGUGUGGCACUUGUAAAAGUACAGUGGUGCCUCGCAAGAUGAAAUUAAUCCGUUCCGCGAGAGUCUUCGUCUAGCGGUUUUUUCGUCUUGCGAAGCAAGCCCAUUGACGGAUUAGCGCUAUUAGCGCUAUUAGCGGUUUAGCGGCUAUUAAAGGCUUAAAGGCUUAGGGGAUUAGCUGCUAAAAGGCUAUUAAAGGCUAUUAAAGGCUUAGCAGAUUAGAUAAAGGGGGGGAAAAGCGAAAAAAAAAAAUCAAGACUCGCAAGACAUUUUCGUCUUGCGAAGCAAGCCCAUAGGGGAAUUCGUCCUGCGAAGCAACUCCAAAACGGAGAACCCUUUCGUCUAGCGGUUUUUCCGUCUUGCGAGGCAUUCGUCUUGCGGGGCACCACUGUACAUGUUCCACAGAUCAGAGUGACUGAAUGUGAAUGUAUGGGAUGGGGCAAUCCCUUAAGUAAUAUGGUUCCAAGCCAGCCAAGGCUUUGUAUAACUGAAUUCUCUACAUAAAAAAUAAAUAAACCCUUGCACACAGAAAAGUAGAUGGCAGGGAAAGUAAUCCAAAUGCAAGACUGGUUGUUGGUGACACAGGAACAUUCUGCUGUCUGAAGUGCAGCUGUCCCCACAUUAAUUACCUUCUCUGUUGCUUAUGAGUCCAGGUUUGGGGGUGGGGGCAGGGGUGGUUGGCAAAAUGCAUUUUGAUGGAACCCCUGCUGAAUGAGUAGGACUCCUUUGUCUUGCCUUGUGGUAGCAUCAGGUGGCAGUAGUCCCAGGUAGCUCCAGGGGACUGCCUUGGAAGCUGCCAUUUCACCAUUCAGCUUCCAACAUAGCCUCACUCUGGGACAUUAUGGGAAAUUAAAAUAGCAGCUCCAAGACAAUGGGAAUGAUGGGAAUUGUAGGCCUACAACAUCUGGAGGGCCACAGGUGCUCCAUCACUUAAACAGUGCAGGAUUAACUACUCAUCAUUUAAUCUUACAAUUACCAUGGAAAAUGGGAAGAAAGACAGUCUAUAAUGUAUUGUUCUUUAUCUCUUUUCAGUGUCAGUGGGUUAUGAGUAUGAAACUUGUCCAAAUCUGAUUCUGUGGGAGAAAAGGACUGUAACGCUGCAAGGAUUUGAGUUGGAUGCUUCAAAUCUUGGAGGCUGGUCCUUGGACAAACACCACAUUUUGAAUACACAAAGUGGUAAGUCAGUUGGCUAUGAAUUAAGCAGCAUGGAAAGGUUAUUUCACCUCCCCUCCCUGCAAAAUAGAAAAUUACUAAUGGUAAUAACAUUCCUAACUUCAGAGGGUAUUAUGUCUGGUCAGAAACGUCUGCUGAAUCCUUCUUUGGUUUUCCAGCUCACCAGCAGAAUCAUAGAUGUAUAGAGUUGGAAGGGAACCAACUUUUCCAACCCUUUGCAUAAUAGAUGCUAUUUAGUUCAGGCAUUGACUACUGCAUCACUGAUAGAUGGCCAUCCAGACUCUGAUUAAAUACCUACCUCCAGCAAAGGAGAGCACACCACUUCCUCCUGAUAUAGAGGGCUGCACUGUUGGACUGUUCUUAACAUUCUUGUGUUCUUCUGGAUACAGUUAAGGCUCUCACCGUCCUUCUAAUAUGCAGUACAACUAGGUAAUAUGUGGAAUACCAACAGAGUAGCCCUAUUUAUCUGAAAGUCUCAUUGCUGGAAGUGACUAGAAGUUUGCUGAGCCAGAAUGGAAAGUUUCUGUAGGCUACUAUUCCAAGGUCACAGCAGAUGAAGUGAGGAAGACCUUUAUGGGAUAAUAGAAUAUGUGCAUCUACUAUGGUCAUAAAUUGUUCCAAAUAGAGCAUCACUUUAAUUACAGGGGUAAUUAAGGAGGGGAUUUUCCCUAUUUUCUUGCAACAUCACCCAUCCCUACCCCCCUCUACUGAUUUUAUAGGCUACAGGGGAGCCAUGCUUGAGAUUCAGAAUUGUCAGGAGAUAAGGCUAGUGGAUUUUAUUAAGGGAUUUCUCCUCAGCUUCCUCCAAUAAUCUGAGCACUAGUAGGAUGAAGCAAAGCGUGUACUCUCAAACUUCAUUAGCUGAAAGGUCAAAAAAUAAUGUACCACUUGAUCUCAGCUAAACUCUCCAGAGCAGGUUCUCAUCAGUUUGAGCCACUGAAUAUAUAUAUAUAUAUAUAUAUAUAUAUGGUGAGUGUUCAACCUUUAAAAAAAACCCAAAAAAAUCUGCGGUUCAGGCCACAAUGUGACGUGUGGGGAAUUGAAAGGCAUGCAGAUUUGAGUGACUUUUCAUUCAUGAACUUUUUCAAAAGUUUGCAGCUAUUAAUUAUACUAGAGAAUUUGUUCUGCUGGAAUGCAUUUGCUAGGGCAAGAUGGUAAGAAAUGUCAUUCUGCACUGCAAUGAUAAUAAUAAUAGCAUCAGAAAUACUAUAACAGGGACACAAGCCUUUCCCUCCACCCCUAUUCAAACACAGUUCUCUCAGCUUCUUAGCUGCAUCUUCCUGGCAGUUAUGAUCCCAAAAAUCCUUUCCCAACAUUCCCUAUGAUGAUCAUCAUUCAUUUAUUAAUGCAUCUCUGUCCACACACAUGCAAACCACUUUUAACUAAAAUCAAAUUUAAAUUCUGCUGAUUCUCAUGUGCAAGCUUUGGGUGGGUUCAGCUAGGUUUAUUGAAUUUAUGUAUCUUUUCCUGCUAAAAAAAAAGUUUCCAAGUACCGGUAAUAUACAGCCAAAUAAAAAAUGCAGCUACAUAAACAUGUUAAAAACAGACUUCACAGUGCAAUCAUAUUAUUGAUUCUGCCCAAUUCUUGGGAAAGCAAAACAUGUUUGCCCAGUGCAAAAAUGAUGAUGGAGUUGGUGCCAGGCAGGCCUUCUUGGGAAGAACAAUCCACAAGCAGGAGGCUGCUACAGGGAAGACCUGUUCUCUCAUCACCAUCCUCUGGACCUGUCUUGAAGGUUGCACUCAAAGAAGGACCCUGAAUGAGAAGCCCAGGGUCUCAGCACCAGGGUCUGAGCCACAAAAGGUUUUUUAAAAGUCAAAGCACUUUGAAUCGUGCCGAGAAACAAAUCAGGCCAGAAUCAGUGGUCUAUACUCACUCCUCGGAGUGAAUUAACAAUCUAUCAGCUGCAUUCUAUACUAGCUGUAGUUUCUGAAUCAUCUUCAAACUCAGCCCAACAUAAAUUAAAUUGUAGCAGUUGGACCUGGAGGUAAUCCAAGCAUGCACAACUGAAGCCAGGCUAUCCCUAUCCUGUUGAGCUACCAGCCAAAGCUGGUAUAAGGCACUCUAUGCCACUUAAAAUACUUACAUAUAGUGGAUGGAAAGGGAAAUGAAGUAGGUUAAACAGACCCUGAGCUGAACUGAGCAGCCUGUGAAACACCUCAGACAGAGGCAGACUGCUUUCCAAAGCACAGAGUUGAGAUCUGAAGUGAAUCUUGUGGUUGGUGUGCAUCUAUAAUAGCUGUUGUUAUCUGCUUAUUCCAAGAAUCAUUUGUAUAUUUUUUUAAUUAAAAAAUCCAUCUAGGUCAGAAUCCAAAUUCUAAAAGACAAGUGAAUUAGUUAGUUAGUUGUGUAUUUAUAUUCACGACUUUGGGGGGGGGGGACUCAAGGCAGCUUGCAGAUCGGAGGUAGGAAAUCACAGUUAGAAGUAGAUCACAAUUUAUUGGCCAAAUGCAAGGACAAAAAUACAGUUUUGCAAAGUCAUCAGAUAAUAGUUGAAGAAGCCUUUUAAAGAACUGUGAGUCGCUAGUGAAUCAGAAAAUCUUACCAUUCCAAUAAUCACAAAGCUAACUUUUCUGUUAAGUGUUCUGGCAAGGCUAGCAUAUCUGUCAAUAUAUUACAGGAAGGCUCCUCACAUCCCUAUUGUUGGAGCAAGUAUGUAAAAGCUUAAAUUUGUGGUGAGAAGUAAAAUGAAUACCCUCACGCAACAAUGUGGAUUUUCUGUGAUGUUCUGUGUGCCCAACUCGGGCUAAGUCUCAGAUCAAAAAGCAGCUUUUCAGCUAAGAAAUUCAACGUGAUCUGGCUGCAGAGGUUCAAAAUUCUCCCUUUUGGUGGGCAUGAUAAAAGAAUUAAUACCAUUUUAAGGAUAAUCUAGUGGAUCUAAGGGUUUUCUGUGCAAAGCAUUGUCCAGGCAGGGCUUUAAUACCAAACUACCCAAGACAGAGAAGAUCAGAUCUCCCAAAACAUCUAUUUUUAGCAGAAAGCCGCUGGGUGGGGGGGGCACCAAUAUUUGAUUGAAGCAGCAGUGCUGGGAGACAAGAUGUUUAAACCUUUUCCCCAGCACUGUUUGCAGAAUGUAAAUUUCCUAUUAUCCCCGCUGGGGAGAAAAAUACAUGUUACUUUUAUUGUCCCUGUAUUUGGUUCCCUAGCAGGGCUAAUAUCAGCUUCAGGGUUGGGGGAGUGGGAUUUUGAUUGGGGGAACUAAAUAGGGAGGGAGAGGUUCAAGGUUAAACACCACCCUUCACUAGUCCUGCUGUUCUGACUAAAAUCAGCUGCUUAAUCCCCUUCCAUUGUAAAAUACAAAAAUGGAACUUCUGUGGUACAUUUGUCUUGUCUCAUAGAUUACAUUCUGGGUUGCUGUCCUGGUCAAUUAAGGUCCUUGGUUCAUACGUAGUGGGGGAUCCUCAUAAUACUAGCCAGGGUCUCAGCAGUGAAGUCAGCAUGUGGCAGGAGUAGGGAGAGGAGGAAUUAGAGGAGGAGCACGCAUUCACGUCAGUGGAGGCUGGUCCAUUAUUAUGAAAGAAGCACUGCUGCACCUACCUCAGUCUGCUUCCUAGGAGCAACACAUCCUAUUUCACCACUUGAGGUGAAACAGGAUGUGCCAGCCUGCCCUGACUCAGGCUUCAACUACUGUUGGGCUUCUUGCCUUCUACCCUACCAGUCUCAGUGAGCACCAGCUACCCUGGAUUCACAGCUUCAGAAAGAAGUCUGUAAUGAUUGCCUGAAUGGACUAUUAUCUCCAAGGCAGACACCAGACAUUUUGCUGCCUGAAAUGGAUCCGCAGGUGGCUCCCCUUCCCUUGCAAUCGAGUAAAAUAAUAACCAUGUCCUGCAAAACUUAUUUUGGCACCUGAGGCAGAAAAUUUCACAAGCACCUCAACCCCUUUCCUGUCAGUAAAACUGCAAUAAUAGUAAAUUAAAUAAAUAACACUUAGUUGCCAUAUCAUGACACCCAAACUCAGCUGCCUAAGACAAACACCUUGCCCUUCCCAAUGAUAGGGCUGGCCCCAGUUUUAUUCAUGGAAAGAGUUUAGUAGCUGAGUCAUUUAGAAAUGGGAGGUCUCAGUGUUUUUUUCUAUAAAAAAAAAAAGUUUAAGGAUACUCUCAUUUUGACUCAAGAAAAUCACCAUUUUAUAGUUCAGAUUGGGGAAAAUAAAUACAGUAAAUGGACAAAAGUACAAAGAUUCACAAAAUGUUUAGGGGUAUGUGUACCCCUGCGUCCCUCCUGAAAAAAGCACUGGAAAGCCUACUUUUUGAGCUGGUAUUCAGAUUUCAUAGAUAAGGUGGCAAGGGCUGGGAAUUUUUCAACUAUAAUUUUUAAUAUAAUGAGAUUUUUUGCAUUUUCUGAUGGUGUUGGAUCACAUGCGCACCCACCCACCUCUUCAUUACCUGCCUGAGACCUUUGAGAUGGGUUAGGCUAUGAAUCUUAAUGGAACAAGUACAGUCCUUUCUAAUUUGUCAUUUUUUUGAAUUUACAGAUACAGUAAAACUCUGGCUUCAUCCUAGGGAACCUGUUUAGUGAAAGCAUUGACUAUUAUUUGAGCAUGUCAAAAAUAACUAUUUUGAUUUGUGCUUUAAAGCACAAAGGUGUUUGGGGGGUUAUUGUACCUUGCUUGUCUUUAUGACACACUAUUAAACCAAAGCUCCUUUCUCUUAUUGUUAGCCAUAAACAAAGUAUUUGCACGUAGACGUUAUUUCAAGAGAAGCAGGGUCUCUGGGGUCCUAAUUAUAUAUUGUUACUUGUGGGAGAAAGAUGAAGGAUUGCCUUUACAUAUUUAGCCAUAGACAGAGGCCAACUGCUCCUGUCAUUUCAGUGGAUUUUAACUGCCAAGGGAGAAGGCGUCUAUGUGCAUUAAGAAUCCUGGCACAUUGCCAAUUUGCUCUUCCAAAUGCACCCAAAAAUCCAAAGAGAAAUAAAGCAAGCUUGUCCCUUGUUGUUCAUAAAACAUUGCUUCUUUCUUUCUUUCUUUCUUUCUUUCUUUCUUUCUUUCUUUCUUUCUUGAAAUCUCUGGAUUCAAGUUUAAGAACUACAGCUAGUUAUCUUCAAGAGAAAUCUGGGGGAGGUUUUUGUGUCUUGUUUUUCAUUUAUUUUCAUAUAUAUUUAUAUACUGAAAAAACAGCAUCCAGAAUGUGGAGUUGAACAUCCUAUAGAACUCUGGUGUGCUUUACAAAGAAUUUUAGAAGCUCUUCUCACCAUUUUCAGUUAAGGCUCUUCAUUUAUUUGUAGUAUCCUCCUUGUUCUCAAAUCUCCCACGGAUCAGAGCAGUCAGUUUAUGAGUACUCUCAGAGACCCCAAACCUCAUAUUUCCUUCAAAGAGGUCCUGGCGAGCCCUUGGUUUCUAAUAUAGGAGGGUUAAGACAUCAUGGGUUUGCAGGGAAAAUUUCCUUCUCCAUUUCCUCCUCCCUCAAGACCUGUUCCUGAAAGGAGUUUACUUUCCUAGCUUGCUUCUGGUUGGUGUUCUUAAAGAUGUUAGCCAAAAUGAGGAGGUAUUAUUAUUAUUAUUAUUAUUAACCUGCCCUUCACCCUAAUGUCCUAGGGUAGGUAACAGCAUAAAACACAAUAUUAAAAACAGAUUAAAACACAAUCAUAAAAAGCAGGUCGGUCCUUAAAAAUAUACAUGUCAAUAGCCAGAAAACAGAAGUGUGUCUUCAGCAUUCUCUGGAAGUUGUGUAAUGAAGGUGCAAGACACACCUCUGGGGGCUGCCACUGCCCCCUUCCCCCAAAAAAGCUCUAAGGGACGAGGAAGUACCAAGAGGGUCCCCUCCACCAAUCUCAGCACCCAAGAGGUUCUAUAGGGAAGGAGGCAGUCUGUUCAAUAUUCGAGCACCCUCUUUUUAACUGCAAAAAGGUUCCCCAGACCAAUAGAUAAUAAAAUGGUCCUUGUCCUCAGAAUUUGAAAGAAAAAACACAGAAUGAAAGGGGAUGGGGGAGAGAAGGAAGAAAGGAAACUUUGGCACUGGCUAUUAGUUACAAAAAUCAUUUCUUAGUUUUAAAAAAUCUGGCAAGGAGAGUGGAAGCAGGCUCCUUAGAGCUGCAGCCUCUCUGGUUGACUGAUGAGGCUAGAUUGGUCUCUUCCUUGGAAUGAUGUUAUUCUAUGAGGGACACAUUGCUCAUCCUUGAAAAAACAAAAUUAAUACACUCCUUCUGAAAUCCAUCACAGUAUCUUUUCACAUUAUUUAUCAAGCUCAACAUGCACUAAAAUAAGUGGGUUUUUUCUUAUCCUUUUGAUUCAGGGCCACUUGUACCUUCUAGAGACCUUUAGAACAUUUUUCAGUAGUAUCUAAGUAGUAUCUAAGGGUGAAAAUAAACAUAUAUGUGGCCUUACAUUGUUUAAUUACACCACGGUGCAGUUCUUAAGAAGGCAUGAUUCACGUUGUUGUAAAGGUUAUAAUGAGAUGGAGAAAUGUGAAGCACAGCUAUUCAAAGUUUAAAGAAUUUUGAGCAACAAGAUCAUUAGGAUCUUCCAAGAUUUUGCAUGUGUCUCAUUUUAUAAAUAUUUACCAGUGAAAGCUAUUUUAACAAAUUUUAUAGGUAGGAUCAUAUUAAUAUACUGCAAAUAAAAAGCUUACAUUGUGUUCAAUGUGAACAGAACUGGACAAAAUACUAUGCGCAAUGGCAUGUGCUUAUUAUGUGCUUGUGUUUUUAAACCAGGUAUUGUCCAUAAAGGAAAUGGAGAGAAUAUAUUCAUCUCCCAGCAGCCCCCAGUAAUCUCAACUGUCAUGGGCAAUGGGCACCAGAGGAGUGUUUCCUGUGCCAACUGCAAUGGUCCAUCUCACAGCAGUAAACUCUUUGCACCUGUCGCCUUGGCCUCUGGUACUGAUGGCAGCAUAUACAUUGGAGACUUCAAUUUUGUUCGGCGGCUCCUUCCUUCAGGAAACUCUAUUAGCAUCCUUGAACUAAGGUAGGAAACUUCGGAGUGCUUAAAAAGAAUUAAUUCAUAUUGGAAAGCAAAGUUAUAGAGAAACCACCACCCCAAAAAAUGUGCUAGACUAAUAUCAAUCAGCGGCAGACAGUGUGAUGGGCAGAGGUGCAUAGCUGACCUAGCUGGUGAGUUGCUGCCGGGUAGAAUGAGGUUGUGGGGGGGGGGGAGGGGAUGUGGUACAGGUGAAAUGGGUUGACUGCCGGUGCAUUUGCACCACACUGACCUCUCCACAGCCUCUCCCCCUCCAAGUAAGCGGCAGCAACUCACCAGCUAGGAGGUCAGGUAAGUGCCUCCGACCCAUCACACUGUCCACUACUGAUAGUAAUAUGUACAAUAUUUGCUUCAUGGGUGCCGCUAAGGAAUAGAUGGGGUUUGCUUUGCCCCUCCUGUUUUUCAGAUCACACAUACUGUUAGAUGUUAGCAGCUUCCGCAUUUAUGAGACUGUGACAUUGCUUAGUGUGCAUGCUGUGUAUGCAGGUAGCGCUGAGCACUUCCCCUUUCCCUACAUGCCCUGAAAGUGCUGAAGCCUUUUUGUUUGAAUGUUCAAUAUUAACACUUCAAAAAGCCUCAUGGAGAAAUAAAACAUAAGUGGAUGAUAAAAUGGAAAUAACGUAGGAAGGUAUGAGAAUGUGUUUUGGUGUGUGUGUGUGUGUUCCCUUACAGGGAGUGGUUGGGUUCUAAUUUCUCAACAAACAGGAAUUUCAAGGGAAAUGACAUGGGUCACCUUAGAAAAGUAGGAUGGGUAGGAGGGACAGAUAACGGUAAAUGUACAUUUUGCAAAGAAAUAAAAAGGGACUUUAUACAUAUAUGGUGGAAGCAGAGAGGGUUUUUUGGGGGGGGGAAUUCAGUAAUAUCAAUCACAAAUGAAAUAAAUGAUUUGCGACUGUUUAAACAGUGUGAAUCAUUGAUCAGCGACGCCAAGAAAUCAUAGUAUUCAAAUGCUGCAUAAUUUAACACUAGUGAGAAUCAUGCUCUCAAAAACAUGGAAAAGUAGCCAGAAGGCAAGGAAGAGAGAAUGUGUUGCAAGCUUAUAGGAACAGAUGGCAAAUUGUGAAAUUGACAAUAAUGUUUUUAAAAUAUAGAAAUUACAAAGAAAAGAGUGGGAAGCUGGAGACCAGUAAUGCAAUAUAUUAAAAGAUAACUUGGGAAUGAAGAAAUGGGGAUAGACUGUCAUGUAACGUUAGCACAGCUUUCUCUUACAAUGCAAAUGUAUCUGUUGGCAGAGUCAGUAUACUUCUGAACACCAGGUAUUUGAAACCACAGGAGGGAGAGUGCUCUGGUCCUGUUCAGGCUUCCCAAAGGCGUCUCGUUGGCUCCUGUGAAAACAGAAUGCUGGGCUAGAUGGGCCAUUGGCCUGAUCCAGCAGGCUCUUCUUAUGUUCUUAUAGUAAUUUUUGUUCCAUUCAGGAACUUAAUGUAUGUGUGUCAAAUGAGUGUAAUAAAUAAAUCAUAUAUUUAAAGAAAGGAAGGGACGUGGGUGGCGCUGUGGGUUAAACCACAGACCCUAGGACUUGCCGAUCAGAAGGUUAGCGGUUCGAAUCCCCGCGACGGGGUGAGCUCCCGUUGCUUGGUCCCUGCUCCUGCCAACCUAGCAGUUCGAAAGCACGUCAAAGUGCAAGUAGAUAUAUAGGUACUGCUCUGGCAGGAAGGUAAAUGGCAUUUCUGUGCGCUGCUCAGGUUCGCCAGAAGCAGCUUAGUCAUGGUGGCCACAUGACCCGGAAGCUGUACGCCGGCUCCCUCGGCCAAUAAAGCGAGAUGAGCGCCGCAACCCCAGAGUCGGCCACAACUGGACCUAAUGGUCAGGGGUCCCUUUACCUUUAAAGAAAAGAAAAAGGCACAUAGAAUUCCCAUAGUCCAUUCCUUCCACAUUUUGCAUUUCUGAAUAGCUCCACAAAGGCUAUUGCAGCCCAACCUUAGAUGCCACAAACUCAAACCGUCAGUUCUUUCUCAGUUCAAACUUCAAAACUCCUUUUCCACCCACCACAGACCCUACUUUAUAGGUAAAAUGCCCAUUGGGGGGGGGGGAGGGACAACUUUGAAUCAUUAGCUCCCACUCAGGAAACAUAACCCUAUAAUCCCUGACUAUUAGAGAGCAAUCAGUUUAGCAAAGUAUAGUUGCCCAACUGCUGUAAUAAUGCAUUCUAAUUUAUCUGCCGAGAAAACAUAAUAGUUCAGGAAAGCGUGUUGAGAAUUGGACCCAAGUCCCUGCAUUAGCAAUCAUCAUCAUCAUCCAUCAAAAACUAUACUAAAGGCUACCCCAGACUCUACCAUAGGCAAACGCUUGCACCUGCGUUACAAUGUAAUGUUACCAUGUUGCAUCAGAUAUGGGCUUGUCCGCACAUUGCUUUUCCUGCACCUAGAAGCAGAGCAAACGUCAGUCCAUGGAAAACUCAAUUUAUGUUCAUUCUGAUUCAGUGGUAAGGAUCAGGUUUUCCUGGAGGAAAGCAAUGGGGCAAGAAGAAGUGUGGACAUGCCCUAAGUUUUAAAAUAAUUCCCACGAAGCUACUAACAUAAGUUUGACCAAACUGCGGUAGGCAGUGGAAGACAGGAGUGCCUGGCAUGCUCUGGUCCAUGGGGUCACGAAGAGUCGGACAUGACUAAAUGACUAAACAGCAACAACCUUCCUUAGGGCCACAUGCCUGUGAUGGGCAGGGCCAGAAGCAAAACUGGGUGGAACAACAAAUGUAAAUUUUACCUUUCGUAUAGUAGCCUGGUUUUAAAACAAACAUUCACAAGCCCUUCUCUGCUAUCCAGAAUAAGGCAUUAUUCGAAUUCCAGGACAUGCUGCAGCCAGAUGAAAACACUCAGGCUUUGAAGCAGGACUAGUGAGGAAAGAGGAUGUGAUCUGGAGCCAGUUUUGAGGAGCAAACAGAGGACCACAUUUGGCCCCUCAGGCCUGAGACCCACCCUCCACCCUGAAUCUACACCCUCAUAAAACAGCAUCCUUUACUUCCUCCCCUCCAUCUCCCACUGCCCAAACACAUAUUGUCUCAUCAUGUCAUGUAUGUCAUAUGGCUUCUAUGGUCUGUAUGGUAGUUAGCAUACAACUUGAUCUAAAUAAACAUUAAUCAGCACCUUUUGCUACUUACUAACAAUUUGUUUACUUUUCUAAUCCACACUAAUAAUUUCUGUUUUACUUUCUUUUUUGUGUGGUACCCGCACGAAUAUGCCGUUGAAGGAACAGAGACACAAGACACAGGUAA